CCGAAAUAUAGCAAUGAACUUCUCAUUUGGGACGCCCACAACUACAACUGCCUCUACGGGAGGUUUUUCUCUCGGUGCACCAGCUACCAGUACAGCUACAGCAGGAUUUUCCUUCGGUACAACACCAACGUUUGGUGCAACCGGAGCGUCCGCACCAGCACCGACACUGUCGCUCAAUCCUACGGCGGCAACAACAACAACCCCAGCACCUGGUGGACUAGGUACUCUUUCGUUUGGAGCGUCACUUGGCAAUGCUGGUACAGCCGCUACUGCUUCAUCCGCUGCAACAGCCGCACAACCAACGGCAGCAGCGCUACCAACUUUUGGUUCACUCGGAGCGGGGACCCCACAACUGGGAGCGGGAGCAACAACAACCUCUCUCGCCCUACCCACCGCUAACCAACCAGCCGGUGGAUCAACACCCGGCAUCAAUCUACUGGGCGGAUCUAUGGCCCAACCAGCCACAACAACUACCGCAGCAGCUCCAUUAACGCUUGGUGGAUUCGGCUUGUCCAAACCAGCGGAACAAAACACUCUUUCGUUGGGUGCCACAACCACGGUCACGACCGCCCCAGCUUCUACCACAAACACAGCAGCAACCACUACUGGAGCAAGUUCCGGAUUAGCCGCUAGCCUGACGACCAACACACAAACAACGCAGUCGGCAACCGUUGCCGGUAAUCAGCAGCUUAAGUUCUUCCAGCUGGAGGAAUUCAUCAACAAAUGGACGCUCGAGCUAGAGGAGCAAGAGAAGCUGUUUACUAACCAAGCCACGCAGGUGAACGCCUGGGACAAUAUGUUGCUCGCCAACGGGGAAAAGAUUGUCGCCCUCAACAAAGCAGUCAUGAAGGUGAAAGCCGAGCAGAACGCGAUGGAGCAAGAGCUAGAGUUCAUUACCGCACAGCACACCGAACUGGAGGAGUGUAUCGUUCCCCUCGAGCAGGAACUAUCCCGUAUCGGGCAAAUUGAUCUGGAGCGUGGUCAAACGUACUCGAUGGCAGAAACACUUGACUCACAGCUGAAGCAGAUGUACGAGGAUCUGAAGGAGGUGAUAGAGCAUCUGAACGAUGCAAACAAGUACACCGAUCCAAACGAUCCGCUCGUACAGAUUGGCAAAAUUCUAAACGCACACAUGAACUCGCUGCAGUGGAUCGAAACUUCCACCACCAGCAUAACGAAUCGACUGGAAGAGAUUAACAAAAUGCACGAAACGUUGCGAAAAGAUAACGAGCGUUCCUUCCGUUUGACGUACUACGAUCAGUGA